AAAACUAACUAGUAAUGUAACUAAGUUACUAAUUUAAAGUAACUUACCCAACACUGGUAGUGAGACCUGCUAUGACUUACAGUUUGGAGACGGUGGCACUAACAGGAAGACAGGAGGCACAGCUGGAGAUUUUUCUUGUGACUGAUAAGAAUGGACAGGAUUAGAAAUGAGCAUAUUUUAGAGGGGCAAGUCUAGGGCACGUUGACUUGGACCUGUGCAGAGGAGGAAUAGUGGAUAUGUUGCACAAAGGAUGUUGAAUAUGGAGCUGCCAGGCAGGAGAAUCGGACAACCACUGAGAAGGACAUUUGGAGGGUUGGUGUGACAGAGGAGGAUUCUGAGAGAAAUGGAAGGUGUGAAGAGGUGAGAUGAAGACACGCUGUGCAAACCCCUAAAAGGAGUAGCUGAACAAAUAGAAGACGGACAUAUACAAUAUACUGAUAAAAUGGUGGUGUAAACAUGGGGAAGGUUUAAGUACUGAGCUCAGGGUAUGUACAAGUAAUCCCUGGAUUCACACUUUUCAAAAUGUUCUGUUUGAGACAGUUUUUUCUGCUCACUCAGGAGAAAAAACAGCUUUAAAAGAAAGUGGUCUUAACAGGAAAUGAGCUAAAGCACCUCCAGACUGGCAAACCAACUCAGGGGCCACACUACAACCCAGUAUAAGAUAAGUAAGGAUUAUCUUCAACUCCAUAAUAAUAGGUCCCCGUUAAAAUGAAACAGCCACCACAUAAUUGGGAAAAGCAGAACAGUUGUAGGUUGGUAAAAAAAAAGGACGACUGAUCCUUAAUUGUAAGCCUUUUAAUUGACCAAAUAAGUGGGAAAUGAGCUUUGAUUCAUGUAAAUAGAGUUUAUGUACUCCCUGAUAGUUAAAAAAUAAACAACAAUAAAUGAACUCAUGCUUACAGUACAUGCCCCAGCUGAUGACACACAGCCUUAUGUAGGCCAUGCAUGUGUUAUUAGCAAUUCAGGUGUCAGGUUUCACCAUUUAAGUGACAGACUGACAGCUGAGUUGAUUCUCCAGGAUUACGUUAAUGUAAAAUAUGAAAGCCAGUCAUCAGUGCAUGCAUUUUUUCCCCUAUCAUCUGUUUGAACCAACGUCCCAGGGAACAGUAAAUCUCACAGUAAUGGAGUUUAUUCCAGAAGUAACUUUAUGCCGUAAAGCGCAAAUGCCACUUUCUUAUUUUCUCCUUCUGGUUCUGACUUUACACACUUUGCUGCCGAAUGUCCUCUUGUUGCACUCAGCUGUGCUUUUUAAAGGAAAGUGACGAGAGUGAUAACAUAGUGAGAAAUGCUCCAAUUCAGCGAUGUAAUUAAUGAAAGCUUCUCAGUAUGCGUUGCUGCAUUUUAUUCUGAGCUGAUUCCCCCUUCAGUGGAUGCAGAAACUAAUUGUUGUGCCUCUUCUAUGAUAUGUUUUUGUCAAAUCUUCCUACAAAACUGCACCUGAGUGUCUACCAUAAGUGGGAUAAGUAUCAUCACUGGAAAGUAAAAGUAAAGGCAUUCAUAGCAGCACUCGAUAUUAUUCCAUGAAAAAUGCUUCAUGCAAAAAGCUGAACAAUUAAGCCUAAAGAACUUGUGAGAUGGUUGAAUUGAAAUGGAAAGCCUCAUAUCUUUACUUUAUUGGAUGAGUGAUGUGUCUGAGCUUAUUUAUUUAUUUAUUUUCCAACAAGCUUUAAUUUGUGUCAGUUGCAAAUAUGAUCUCAUAUAACACAACAUCCCAUCCAUCAGCACGGGACAGGGUCCAAAACCCAGAGACGCACACUGGUAAUGUGUGAAAGAUACAGAGAAACACAAUCAGUAAAAAAAUCAAUAUAAGGUCCUUAAAUUGUAAGUAAAAAAUAUUAGUCUUAUUGUCAGUAAAUUAUUUAAAUUACAUUUGUGGAUUUUUAGAAAUCAUCUGUAUAAAGUAAACAUCAUCUAAAUAUCCAUAGCUGUGGCUGGCGUUUCUGAGUGAUCUACUUUAUAUAUUUGCUUUCUGUUGGCUUUUCAGAGUUAGCCUCCAUGUAAAGUGAGUCUAAAAUUCAAAAUGCUUUUUUAAAAAAAAAAAAAAAAAAGUUGCCUCUUUUGAGAGCCAGCCGAUAUCAGAGGACAAGACCUUUUAUUCCUCCGCCAGUCCGAGUUUAUGAAGAUAAACAUAAAAUUAGACACACAGACAAUAGUCAGUAGUUUUAAGAUCCUGGCAUAUGCAAUCCAUCUUUUGUUGUCCAUGUGGACUGUCUAUCUGUAGGCCACCAAAGUUUGCUCAGACUAAAAAAGGAAACCAGCUAUUUUCUGGUAACAAAAGACUUGUCCCUUGCAUAUUCAUCUACCUAAAACGCUGCAUUUAGCUUUUGCAAACCAAAAAUGUGUUAAACUGUGAAGUCCUGCUGGCGAUACGCUAAACACUUUAUUGAACACACACACUGUCAUAUAAUGUAUCACUGAAUCAGAAAUUGGCACUGUAUCACUUAAUCAGCAAUAAGAGACGACCUAUGAGUUACUAUAGGUCACUAGUCUGGUGCUAUUGCAUGUUUUUCUUAUUCUAUAAUACAUUGUGUGAUACUGUAUUGUAUUUUGCCAUUCCCCAAGUUGAGCCAUUUUAUCUUAUUUGAAAUUGCAUGUUAUUGUGUUCUCUACACUGUUGUGUUGUUCAGCCCCUGAUUGAUCCUGCAAAUUUCAUUGUACUAGCCCUGCUUGUCCAAUUAACAGCUGCAAGUACUUUAAGUAGUAAAUAAGGCUAGGACAAUACUAUAUGAAUGCGGUCCAGUUUUAUUUUCCAGAGUCCAAAACUAGAUUUUUUUUGUCUAUCUGAUUUAAAAAAAAUGCUGUGUACAAAAAAUACAACCAGCAGAGACAAGUUCUCUUUUUCUUUGAAUGUAAAAUGAAAAUGAAAACAAUAAUGUUUAAGUGUUUUAGGGAGAACACUAACUUUUCCUCUCAGACUUGUUCUUGUUCACUCUAAUCCUGCCAUUAAUCAGAUAGAGAAAAAAAAACUCUAAUAGAAACAGAACAGGCGCUCCUGGUGCUGCUGUACUGGGAGAUUAAUUGACUUUAUAUUUCAUUGUGUGAGUGUGUGUGCUGCAGUAAUUCUUUGCUUGUGGGAACAAAAUGUUCUCAUAAGGAGAAGGAAAUUAGGAAAAUCUUCCAAAGUGGUGAUUUUAUCCCUUACUUAGCUAAUUUAGGAUGAAAUCUGAAGAUUAACAGCAGGAUUAUGUACAGGUUUACACUUGGACUGCUCCUCUGCGAGGACACGUGUUAGUGUCUAUUUAUUUAAACUGCAGAAUCCAGAUUUCCUAUAGAAACAUUAAAAGAACUAACUUUUAGUUAGAAAUGAAAGUGUUAAAUGUGUGUGUGUGUGAAGUACGAAUGUGCAUCAGGUAUUAUGGCUUCAUAAAGCAGCUAGAUGAGAUGUCACUUCUAAAAGGAGGAUCUGGGACAUUAGCCUUCUGCAAAUCAGGAGAGAGAGAGUGAGCAGAAUGACAUGAAGGGAAAUUGAGAGGAAGGGAGUUGGGACUUAUGUAUGAUGAGCAUAAGUGGAGCGAGUAAAGAAAAGAAGCAGGAUGGAAAAAUGACAUGAAGAAAGAGGAUAUCAGUCAAACAUCAGCUGGCGAUAGAUACGGAGGAAUAGGACAAAAGUGGUAAAGGUGAAAAGAAGAGCAUGAGGAGGGACGAAGAAGUGGAUACAGAUGGCAGGAAGUUGAAGGGAGCUAUCCAGAGGAGCACAGAGACGGGGCUGGCUGUGGAGAUGCCCAGUCGAACUGUUCGCCAGGCUAGCCACGAGUCCAUAGAAGACAGCAUGAACAGCUAUGGCUCCGAAGGGAAUCUUAACUACAGUGGCAUGUGUCUGGCAUCCGAUGCUCAGUUCAGUGACUUCCUGGAUGGGAUGGGACCAGCCCAGUUUGUUGGGCGACAGACUCUGGCGACAACAUCCAUGGGUGAUGUAGAGAUUGGACUGAUGGAGCGGAAUGGGGGACUGGAGGUGGAGGUCGUCCAGGCCAGAGGCCUCACCAUGAAACCAGGUUCAAAGGGACCUCCAGCAGCCUACAUUAAAGUUUAUCUUCUGGAGAAUGGAAUCUGUGUGGCCAAGAAGAAGACGAAAUCAGUGAGAAAAUCUCUGGAUCCUCUCUACAACCAGGUCCUGGUCUUCUCUGAGAGUCCACAGGGGAAAGUGGUCCAGGUUAUUGUUUGGGGCAACUAUGGACGGAUGGACCGCAAAUGCUUCAUGGGUGUAGCUCGAAUCCUACUGGAGGAGCUGGACCUCAGCACAAUGGUUAUCGGCUGGUACAAGCUUUUCCCUACCUCCUCCAUGGUGGAUCCAACAAUGGCACCACUCAUCCGCCAUUCAUCCCAGAUGUCAUUGGAGAGCACCAUUGGGCCCUGUUGUGAGCGAUCAUAAGACUCACGCAGAAAUGUAUAGUUUUGAUGUUGCGGCUAAGUUUCCAUUGCUUCAACCAAGUACAGAGUUUUUGUAAUCCCUGCAUUGCUGCACCUGGGUCAGCCAGGCAGUGCUGUCCCUGGAGCAGGUAGAUGUAAAGUAUCUCACUCAAGGCUACUUCGACAGGCCCAGCUACACUGGGGAAUGAAUCACUUCCCUAAUUUGGAAAUCAAUUUACAAACCAGUUGGUCAUGCUGGUUCUCAUUGGAAAUGUGUUAUAAUUCUUUGAUAUUGUAUCAGACUAUUUCCCGAGACUCAUGGGAAGUACAUUUCUUUUGUUGUUGCAACCGACCGCCCCUCAGACUUGAAGGAAUUUUUUUUUCUCUUCAGAGCUCUAUAAAGAAAAAACAAAAACCUUCUUAAUGAGGAUACUUCAAAGAAGGGUUUGGUUGCCGACAUUGAUUACAUCCUAUUGGGACCACGAUAGACUCCAGGCUCAGCUCGCUUCAGCUACAGCCCUUCUUUACAGCCUACAUUCAAUUCCCCAUCCCAGGACUGCUUGUUGUCUUUCUGUGUCUUCAUUAAGGGGCUGGGCAGCUUCUGAGUGUUAUUGUCUACCCACGAGUCCUAGGAGAAAGUGAGACUGUCCUCAAAUUGUUUGACAAACCACCAUCUCAUUUUGAGGGAGCAUUGAUGGCGAAUGAAUGUGUGCAUAGCAACUUGAGAGGCUUUCAAAGAAAAUAUAAAGUUAAGUGUUGUAACUGACCAAGACAUUACCUGGUUUUUAGCACUUGACCUGUAUUACAUUUCUUGUGUCACACGUUUGGCCCAUCAUUGUUCACUUUAUUUGGUAAAAUGUAGAGAAUCUGAGAGGUAGAAAUAUGAAUGAAACCCCCAUCAUCUACUGGAAGGAUGAAGAUUUGGACCUGAUUUUGUGGGUCAGGGCUAGUCCUGGCUUUCUCUCCUGUUAACUACAUUUACCUGGAAUACAAGGUAUAAAGUGGACAAAGAGUGAAUUUAUAUGGCUUAGAAGAAGAACUACCACAUUAUGAGUUUUAAAAAAAAACGUGUCUCAUUAUAACCCCAAAGCAUGUACUUUUUAAAUUGCAAUGAAUCUUGGUAUUAGCUGAUUUUGCAGAUUGUUUUGUCACCAUUUUUGGAAGGUGCUUUUCAAUCACAUCAGUUACUGUUGUGUCUGGAAUCAAGCACAUAAAAACAUGUAUCCUUUGGGUUUAAAAAAAAAAUAGCUGGGUGUUUCUUGAAUCAACAGCACACCGAUUAUGUUCAAUUAGAGAUUUCCAGAGUAUGGCACCAGAUGUAAUCAAAGUCCACCAACCUGAAUCACUUCAGGCGGUGUGAUAUGUGAAAACAUUUGACUCCUUCCUCUUGAAUAUCGUUAUGAAAAUGCUAGUUUGAUAGUUUCACAACCACACUAAAUUGGAUUUUAUGCAUGCAUUAUAUCGUAUUAGAUUAGAAUUAGAAUUCAAACCAAAUAACCAUAAAUGCAUGAUCUUAGCAUGAUUAAAUUAUGUUAACCUUUAUGAGGACACCAUCUACAUACGCCUGGCAAGAAACAACCAGGGUUUAAUGGGCUCAUGUUGAAGGUGUUUUACUCUUAUUUAGUUUAAUAUAGUUUUCACAUUCCACAUUCACAUGGAAUACAGGAGGUAGUUUUGUAUCUGAGCUGUAGCACUGACAAACAACAAGCAAAUGCAAUAGCAAUCUGACGUCACUGACUUAACACAUUGCUAUACAUCCCAGUUUAAGUGUAGUUUCUUUUUAGCUAAUACUGUAGAAAUAGAUUCCUCCCCGCUAUUUUUAAAGCGUUGGCUAACAGUUGUCUAAUAACAGUUUAUACUGUGCCAAUUUUUACCAGCAAGUGUCUUCUUCUUCCUUUUCUUCAAUUACCUUGCGGCAUGUGCCAUUAUGAGGGAGGCACAAAAACAACCACUUAUAACAUCUGACAGCAACAUUCAGGCUGUGCAGAGAAUCACCCCCUUUAUUCUAAAUUACAGUCCUAAUCCACAGAACGUCAAGGCACCUGGUGAUUAGCCAUGCUACCACUCAGUACAGAGGAAAAAAGGAAAGAGAGGAAGGAAGCAUGAAAUGUACUUUGCAUCAUCCAAACAAAGGAUCUGAGUGGACUGGCGUCAGGUUUUGUGGACUUCAGAAAAGGACACAAAAAUAGGUGGAAUUAAAGGAAACACAAUGCGCACACUGUAGAGAAAUUCAUAGUUUAUUGAAACGCAAAAGCAUAUGUAUUUCAUUUGGGCACUUUAUGAUUCUUAAUGUCUUUUUAUGUGUAAAUAUUGUUAGUGUCUUCUGGAGUGAGCCAAAGUUAACUUAUCAUGGCUGAGGUGGUUAAUGUCAAAGCUCUGAAAGAGGGAAGUGAUAUUCUUGUUAGUUACUGUAAGAUUGUAGCAUUAGCUGGUAGCAUUCGCAUGACUAAUUUAAACUUCUAAUUAACAAACAACUUGAUAAGACUAAGCAUGAACUACAUGCUACACAGCAGGAAGACUAGUGAAAUACAGUACAUUGGGUUAAGACCCAAUGAUAGUGGGGGUCAAAAUAUGUAGCAAAUGUAUUUAGAUAAUGAUAAAGGUGACUAAUUGUUUUUUUUUUCUAAAUUAAUAAAACAUUCUAAUAUGAAGAUUUUAAGCCAGUUUAUUUCAUUAAUUAAUUUAUUGUUUUUGGGGGGUUUUUUUACUUUGAAUGAAAAUUUCAGAACCAAAUUUUUAUUAAAUCUGCUUUUAAUUUAAUCAAAUCACCCAAUUUGGGGCAAUUUUACUCUAAAAAGGGGCCUCUAAAAUUGCCUCUCUUUUGCCAGUAGCAGUGUUGCAGGGAUAUUAAUGCUGCAUUUAGUUCCAAACUGUUUAACAAAAUUCUGUAAAGCAAUAAUCAGAAAGCAUCCACUCACUGUAUUUGUCUGUUACUUGACAGAAAAAUGACAUGAGUAAGUAGUGAUUUUCACUGUGGUAAGAUUCAUCAUUGAAAACAAAACAACUGAAUUCAUCAUGAGGCAUAAAGGGACUUUUCUUUUUUUUUAAAUGUGCAAUUCCAAACUUUUACUUUGAAAAAAAAUGUCUUAACGUGUCCAUUUGUUGCAUGUGCGGACAAAUGACAUUGAAUGCAGAAACUGAAAAUCACUUCCAGAAAAAUCCAAAAAUUCCAGUCAUUUUAUUUUUUUCAAUGUUUUUUCAACAAAACUGUCAUGUAGUGUCUUAUAUCUGUAAAAAAGUGUUAGAACUCUGUAUGUACCAUACAUACAUAUAUACAAAUAUAUAAAAUUAAUAUAUAAUUAGAUAUAAAAUAAUGAAUUCCCCUUACUUUCACUCAAGGAAUGUGUUUGUAUUAGUGCUUUUUGUGCCAAAACAGAGAUUAGAUUAGAUAUUUGAUGGGUAAUGGGUUGUUUUCCCAGUUUUGAUUCAAUGAAAGCCAGUUUCACAAAACUGGGAUUCAGUUGUUCACCAAGCCAUAAGCAGGAUGCAUGCAUCCAAAUGAUCUAGAUUUAUCUAAUGGCAGCCAGGAGUGAUGUAAAAAAACAUCACUGAAGUUUCCCACCUCUCUAUCUCUAACCUGCAGCCACUCCCUGUGCAACAUAAAGGAACAGAUGUUUAUAAAGCAUUGAUCAAAGAGACAAUUGUUAACUGUACCAUAUUAAACUUUAAACAAGUUUCCCAAAAUUUCCCCUCUCCAGUGGAGAAACAUGACAGCAGUAGUGUGCGAUGCAUGCAGUAAAAUAAUGGGGUUUUUAUGACGUCUACAGAUGCAGUCAUUUGUGUGAAUUUGGGGUAUGAUUUAUUAUUCGAAUAAUAUUAAUAUUAAUAUUAAUAAUAAUAUUGUUAAUAAUAAUAAUAAUAAUAAUAAUAAUAAUAAUUCUGUAAGUGUCUGAGAGACAGUUUAUAUGCCAGCCUUCUUACCAGGAUUAAGAGUAACUGUUAAUAAUCAUUGUGUAAAUUUUCUCAUGCAAUGAUUCGUCUUCAUCACUUUGAGUUAGUCAGUGACACUGUGUAAUUUUGAAGGCAAAUGAUUGACCUGAUGAAGUCUGUUAAUGUUAUUGUUGACAUGUUCAGGACCAAAAAUGUAUGUUUUUGCAUUCCUCCAUGUUUUGAUUGUGUCUGCCACUUGGAUGUUAAUUGUGUACUUCUAUCAAUUGUAAUGUAAGUAGAGGCCUUAAACACACAAUACACAUUUUUGCCAGGGCUAAGGAAUGAGAAUUGGCACACUAAGUGAUCAACGCAGGGCAAGAAAAGAGAGAAAAAGACAUUUCAAUCCAUUAUUUAAAACAACUUUAGUGUCAUCUAUGGAAAUAGAAAUCUGUACAUAUGUUCUUAAUGAAUUUCUGAUAUACUGAACAAAUGAACAAAUUGAGCAAAAAAACUACUAAUAAUAAAACAAUAAAAACAUAUUUUACAGGAUAGAUUCAACCAUUUUGACCCAUUUCUUAUCAAAACAUAUUUUCUAAACUGUGCUGUUGUUUAUCUGUUGAUGUUUGGAUGCACCUCGUUUUACUUUUAUGUUUCAAAUGAGGUGUUUAAACAAAACAAAAAGCCCCCACUAAUCCUAUCUUGCCGAGGUCCUUUUACACUGUUAAGGUUGUAAUUCUGCAAAACCAGACCUUACUUUUUAUACAUUAGCGGUACUUAAUUGUAUACAUGGUGCCAUUUGGGACCAAUGCCCAAGAAAUGAAGAAAACUGUAGGGGAACGAUUUUGUUACACGUAUUAAGCUUCUUGUGUGUUUUUGCUCAUAUUUUUUAGGGUGUAAUUUUUACAUACCUGCUCCUUUGGCUGCUGCUGGCUUUUACACAUUAUAAACUGCCAUUUACCUGGUUAUAGCAAACAGUAGUAUAUUAAGAUGAGUCAUGUGCUCCUUCGGUCUUUAUUUAUAUUAACUUUAAAAAUAAAUCAAUCAAGAGCAGAUAUGUCGAGACAGUUGAAAACAAAUUCUUAAAAAAAUCACAUUCUUUAAAAUAAAAUAAAAAGUCAAAUAUGAAUAUUAUGCUUCCUCGCAGGCCAGACUUUCUGCUGCUAAGCAGCUGAUAAGAUUAGUGAUGAUAUAAUGUACAAGCACAGCUUGUGGCACUGAAUAUUAAGUACAUUCAAUAAUACAAUUCAUUUGGGGAUAUUUUGGACUGUCAGAAAAAUGCAUACUUUCUAAAGACUCAGCACAGAAUGCUAGUCUGGUGUGGUUAAGUGUGCUGUGUCAGCGAUAAAUGACCACUAUGCCAAGAGUCUUUUAGGCCCAACACCAAGUUGUAGUGAUAAAACGUAUAUGCCUAGGGUUUAUGACCUCAGUGGAAUCCUCCAAAAUUUUGAGGUAAACAAAACAUCCUUAAUAAUGACUAAUAUCUCUUACUUAAAUUGUAAAUUAAACUAGGCCAAAACAUAGUUAAUGUUUUGGCCCAUUUUGACAGAGAUUAUGUAGUUUGUGUUUAAAUGUCAGCAAAUAGCUUCAAUAUGUGUAAACUGGAGAACUACUUUUUCAUGUAGUAGUCAAUAAAACACCGAGCUAACCUUGGUGUACAAUGGGUUAAGUCUGUGUCUGUUUUUGCAGAUCAACCUAAAAGUGACACUGGAAAGAUUUACCUUUGAAGAAGAAAAGAAAAAAAUUUCUGUUAUCUGCUCAAAUCAGCCAUAUCUUUCCCCUCUGAAGUACAUGAGAUUUUACUCAUUAGAAAGAAAGCAAGCACUCCUUGAAUCGUUUUCUUUAGAGUGACAGUGUGUAUGUUUCUCGACAUAUCAAAUUAUGUUCUCUCACAGGGAAGAGGUGGAUGAGUGGGUGGAUGAAAGGGAAGAUGCUGCUCCUCUGUGGCUAUUAUGAAACAGUGGCUGGUGGAUCCCAAAAGCAACACAUCUCCUCCAGUCCGCUGUGCUGCAGAGACAGCGAUCCACAAGCUUUAUUUCUGUCCUUCUUAGAGUCUCCAACUGCCUCACAGCCCAAAACUAACCCUCAUAAAUGUUUUCCCUCACACACCAUCUGGUAGAUUAUCGCGUUCAAAGCAUUUCAUAUUACCAUGACUUAAUACAUUACACAGUUCGGUGAACCAAGUGAGAAUCAAAGUGCCAUGAGAAAUCAUAACUUUGUUUUUUUCUUUUCUUUUGGUUUUGUUUUGCUUUUUUUUUGUUCUAUUUUGUUGUUACUGUUUUUAUUUUAUGACUGUUUGGUGUAGAUUUAGCUCUCAUCUUUCUAGAUCAUAUCUCAGUCAUUCAGUUCUACACAAGUCUUAACUCACUGUUUUGCAAACAUGGUUGUUUUAUUUCCUCAGUGAUACAAAGCCAUCAUAUUAAAAAAUUCACAGCCUUAAAUUCUAUUCUUUAAAUCAUGUGGUGAUGUCUUCUAAAGGCAUAUGAGAAUUGUCUAAACCAUACAUAUUCCCAAGACCCCUAACAUAAUAAGGGAAGGCGAUGUUUUGGUUUUAAGAUGCGUAGUAUAAAACAGUUUUACAGGCCUUCUUAUGUUUUCAAGGACAUGUAAUAUGGGCAACGUCUGGAAGCAAUGUUACUGGAAAAGUUUUCCUUAGUGAUGAGCAUUUAUCCAGGGAAAAAUUGUUUUUGUCAGCUACACUUUCAUUAGAUAAAUAAACCUAUCCAUUUUCUUUCUUCAUUGUCUUUAUUGUUGCACUUGCAAUUUUUGCUACUAGAACAUUAACAGCCGUAACAGUAAGGUAUUUUACCAGGUAUCUGUUUAAACGCCAUAUUUUAAGAAUUGCCAAUCUGUUUAAAUAUUUGAAAUACUGAUUUGUAAGUAUAUUGCAUUUUUUUAAUUUACUUUAUUCCAGUAGAAUAGCAUUAACAAUCGUUAGCAUUAAAGUACAAAAAAGCUGCAAAAGUCCAUAUGCAUUGCUUUCCAUUUGUUGCUCAUGUUUUACUGACUUGAAGUCCUGAAUGUUAUCAGAAGAGUGACAAAAUGUUGUAACUUUAGUUUUAGUCACUGCGCUGUCAUUUAAAACACAUAUAUUUGCAGAUUCUUUGGGAAACCGUUAUAUUGUUGAGUAAAUGCACAAUUUGGUGUAUUGUUAUUCUAUUCCAGCUGUCAAUAAAAUAGUUUAACUCCAUCAUUAAA